UAACAUUGAGAUGUCUUGAUCCAUCUUGUGGUGCUGCCGUCGGUCAAGACAUGAUAAAUCUAUUAGUGCCUAAAGAAGAUAAGAAAAAGUAUUCUCAAUAUCUUCUUCGCUCGUACAUUGAAGACAAUAGAAAGACCAAGUGGUGUCCUGCCCCUGGUUGUGAAUACGCUGUAGAAUAUAUUGCUGGCAGUGAAGGUUACGAUGUUUCCUGCUCUUUCAACUUUUGCUGGAAUUGUAUAGAGGAAGCUCACCGUCCAGUAGAUUGUGGCACUGUGGCACAGUGGAUCAUGAAGAACAGUGCUGAAUCUGAAAACAUGAACUGGUACAGGUAACUUUAA